UUCAACGUUUGACGCUGUGGUUUCCCGAUUAAAUAUUUACAUGAAUAAAUGUAAAUCGUAACACAUUAAUUAGCUAGAAUUAUGUUUCUCUAGUAAAUAAUGUUUCUUUUUAUUAAUAUAAAUACGUUAAAAUUAUAUUAUUGAAGGAAAACUAGCAAACGCUCUAAAUACGAUCCUGACGCCACUUUAAAAAUUCUCCACACAACAAGAAAAUAAACAAAAGUUUGAGUUCUUCAAUCAUUACAAGAUGCCGUACGCCAACCAGCCUUCAGUGCAUAUCACCGAGUUAACUGAUGACAAUGUGAAGUUCGUAGUUGAAGAUACCGAAUUAAGUGUUGCAAACAGCAUGCGUCGAGUGUUUAUUGCUGAAACACCCACAAUGGCCAUUGAUUGGAUUCAGUUAGAAGCGAAUUCGACUGUGCUUAGCGACGAGUUCCUCGCACACCGUAUCGGUCUGAUCCCGCUCAUAUCUGACGAUGUUGUUGACAAAAUUCGUUAUUCCAGAGAUUGCAUGUGUCCGGAUUUCUGCACUGAGUGUAGUGUGGAGUUUACACUGGACGUCAAAUGUACAGGAGAUCAAACCAGGCACGUCACAACUGCAGAUUUGAAAUCGAGCGACCCACGUGUGGUGCCUGUUACAUCUCGCCACAGAGAUGAAGACCAGGCUGAUUACGGAGAACUUGAUGAAAUAUUGAUUAUCAAGCUCCGGAAAGGGCAAGAGCUCAAGCUGCGUGCUUAUGCAAAAAAAGGUUUUGGUAAGGAACACGCAAAAUGGAAUCCAACUGCUGGUGUUUGCUUUGAAUAUGACCCAGAUAAUAUUAUGAGACAUACUUUGUUCCCCAAGCCCGACGAAUGGCCAAAAAGUGAACACACCGAGUUGGAUGAAGACCAGUAUGAAGCUGAAUUUAACUGGGAGGCUAAACCUAAUAAAUUCUUUUAUAAUGUGGAGUCAUCAGGGGCACUGAAACCUGAAAAUAUUGUUCUUAUGGGUAUUGUGGUGUUAAAAAAUAAACUUUUGAAUUUACAGGUGCAAUUGGCGCAGGAAACACAAAAUGAUGCCUUAGCAAUUAAUUAAAUGAUUUAAUGAUUUCCAA